UUCAAAUUUGAGGGAAGGGAAUCAGGGAUAGAAAAGAAGGAAGAAAAAGGGGAAAAAGGGGAAAAAGGAACAUGCUGUAGAAAAGAAGAAGUUUGUAAACCCUAAAUCUCCAAAUUCCAAUUAGUAGAAUUUACUAGGAAAAUUCCAUCUCUCUUUACGGAUUACAGUCUACCGAUUUUAUUCCAGUUUUGUUUUUCAUCUAAAUGGUUACAUUUUCGAAUUUCGUAAUCCCAGCAUCAAUUCAAGUUCUCCAGGAAAGAUUUGAAGAAUUUUUCGACGAUAACAAAAAAUUGAAGGUUUGCUUUGGACUAAUCUGACUAUAUCUUACUUCGGAAUUUGGCACGCUAGAGCAAGAAGCUUGCUCAGUGAAGCUGUAGGGCUCGAAGAAGAAACAUACUUGGUUGGACAUACAUUCAUUUGACGGGCUUCACUAUGCCUGUAAAAUGGGUUCUUCACUGGCACCCCAGUGCAGGAUUUUCAGUAAACACUCAAAUAAUGAAUGAAAUUUCCCAGUGCGUUGAAAGCUUAAAUGGUGUCAAAGAUGGGAGGUGGAGAUCUGUUCUCACCUUCUACAAACCCAUCACUCGAGAUCAGUCAACGGCAGCUGAAUUUCCUCGAGAUUUUCUGGGCCUUUCAAUUCCAGAGCAGCCUAGCAAAUACUACUUCAUAAUUCGUGGCCAGCGGAUUGUUCUUGAAGCAGAUUUAACUAUACAAUCAAUUAUGGAGACAUUGCAAUCAUACAAGUCAAGGGUGUCCCUGAAUUUUGAGGGGAUACAGUACCAGCUUGGGGACUUCCAAGUGAGAGUAGGAAAGGUUGCUCCUAGUCACUCUGAAACUAUGAGGGGAAUAGUAAUGGAGGUUGAGUAUCUUCCAAUCUCUUCUGUUGAUAAAUCAAGGCAAAUUCUUGAUGACUUUGUGGAUAUUUGGAAAGAGACACUGUCAAAAAAGUCGUUGCCGGGUCAGUUUCUGCAUAUCGAACCCAACUUUGGAGAGUACGGCUUAUCAGACCAGUAUACCUCUCAACAUACAGCAGUUCAAUAUGCUACUGUCAUGGCGCAACUGAUUGCAACUGUGCAAUCGACGCAAGGAGUCAGAAAUUAAUGAUAUGACCUUGAUUAUCUCGUAGUAAUAGCUGAGGAUGUCAGGCUAUUGAAGUUCAGAACGGAAAACAGCAAUAGAAGGAUUAGGAAAAGGGGAAAAAAGCUUCGUUUGAGCUAGUCUUUUUUCUGGUUUAAUUGUACUGAUAAUGGAGCUUGGGUUUUGAAUUGAUACUGUGAGUUGUGCCUAGCAGUGUAUUGCCAUGAUAUCAAUUGUCAACUGCGAGUAGGACGUCUGCUAUGUGACUCACUCCUUGAUCUACUCUAUACCGGAGAGCUCGAAGUACUAGAAAGGAUCGUUGUAUACUUGGGUUGAGAACUUAUCCACUGUACUUGCUACGUGGUCUGGCAACAAACAUAAUGAUAAAAGGCUUAUGUUCUUUGUGUCAAUCCUUGAAAUUGCCUACAUGCUUAGUUUCAUCUAAUAAUUUGGCAUUCAAGUACCAUUUUGUAUAUACUUAAUUAUGACUUGUUGAUGAAGGUUAUGAUUGAAUUGAUUAUUAACGGUACCUUGUAUCGUGAUUUGAAA